GCGUCAUAGGGUCCGGGUUUUCAACUUUGUCACCCGAGGGACCAGAUGUACCCCCGUGUGCGACAUCACCUGUGGUUGUUGCUGUGUUCGAUGGUGCCUGUGGCAGUACCGUCGGUGCUUCCUGUGGCCGUGGUUCCCCAGAUGACACCGAUGUUACUGGUGUAGGAGUCUCCGGUAUCUGGGACCCGGAUGGUUUCUCCAGGACACUGACCACGGAUCCACCGGGAUCACUGGUACCUAUAAAAUCAAGAAGGGAAAAGAAUAUAGGGGAACUAUGUUCAGAUGACCAUGGAUCCGAGGAGCCAGAUGCUGUGUCUAAGGCGCACCCAAGGCCCUCUGCCUCACCUGAAACCAAGGCGCACAAGCCUCCCGAAGACCUAGGUCACGUAUCAAAACCUAUGCCUGAGCCCCCUGACAUUGAUAAGUCUGAUACGGGGACACUGACUAACACUGAAGAACCUGAGAAAAGUACUGACAGGAAUUCAGAGGGCAACACCCGCAACACGGAGACCCAGAGUACUGAAGGCCCCGCUGGACGCACUAUUCACAGUGCCGGGCAUGGUGAACCACACAAUACUGCGACCCCUACGCCGCACUCGUCCCAGGACAGAUCACACGGACCGUCUGAGAAUAAUCCAGCCGGAGAGCUGCGUGGUAAGCUUGACACUCAUCAACAGGUGCAGGAUUGGGAGGAUAAGGAAACGUCCGGAGCAGCUACAGUACUUGGGCACAUACACAACAAAUACGGGGGACGCAACAAUUUUGACUUAUUCUUAGGCAAUCUACUACAUGGUACUGCUGCAGCCGGACACUUUGGACCAGGUCCCACACCUGAUUUAGAGCAUAUAAACCCCAUAGAUACGGGUGCCGUCGGUGGCCCCCAUGGACACGACCUAACCGGUGCCGUCCUGACCGCCACUACUCCCGUGCUCUUCUUGCUGUCCGCCGUCGCCGUCGCUCUUCUUGGUUAUUCCCUUUGCAACGUAAGCGCGCACAAAACCGCACACAAUCACACAACGCGCACACACAACGUACAAGCUCACGAAACCACGCAUAAGCACGCAAAAAUAUAA